UUUAACGUAACGUGGCUGCACGGCAGAAGUUCUCCUCCUACUUAGGAGGGUGUGUCUGUCCGAGAGAAAAACGCACAGUUCUUACACAGUUUGAACUUCCUUUCGACAGCUUCGACUUGAGUGUUUGGUACCACCCGUUAUUACUGACGCUGCAGUCAUUUCAUGAGCGGACAGGGCUGCUGUGGCAGGAGACACGUCUCUAUAGACUUUAUUGUUUGUCUUAAAAAGUAGUUGUCGGUCUGACGCAGCGUUCGCGUGGGACGCUUCACUGAUCAUGGGGGAUGUGAUUUCUAGUCACCUGGAUGAAGGCAAGCGGGAGAUUAUCACAGCUCGGACCGGAAAGGUGAUUGCUGAGUUUGGGCGUUUGUAUGAGCAGCAGUACGCGGUAGCUCUGUUCAACAAAGUUCGCUUUGACGUAGAGGGAGGAGGAACCCUGCAACCUCAGCUGCUUCACCGCAAGAUUCCUCUGGAGAACAAGGCCAUUUUUUCAGGCUCCCUCUUCCAGUACUUGGAGGAAAACAAGAAAUGGAGGAACCACUUCCUUUCCAUCCCAGACUCCCAUGACGUCAAGUACUACGACAGCAAGGCGUCCCAUGACAGACUCCUCCAUCCCAAAGGAACCAUCAGCUGUGCCGGGUAUAAAGUCCUGACAUCUAUGGAGCAAUACCUGAAUCUGAUCAGCAACAGCUUGCCAGGUGUUAAAGCCAAGGUGGGAAGUUCCCCCUUUCUAAAGUGUGCCACUCCGUACCCUCUGAUAAUGUGGCACCCUUAUGCCCGCCACUACUAUUUCUGUGUGACGACAGAGAAAGAGCAGAAGAAGUGGUAUAUGGUACUCCAAGACUGUGUCAGACACUCCAACAAUGGUUUGUCAGAUGAGAAAAAAGUUCAGACACCAGCCUUCACUAAUGCAGUGCGACUCUACCGUCAAGCUCAAGGCCAGUAUGGCACCUGGGAAAUGAUGUGUGGUGCACCGUCACAGAUCUUGUCUAACCUGGUGAUGGAGGGCCUCCUCUCGGAGCUGAGAGACCUCAUCUCCCCCCGCCUCAAAGGCAAACUCCAUGAGAGACAAAGGAACUGGAUACUGAUCAGUGAUGCUGUGUACAGCCUGGUGCAGGCGCAGUGCCAGACGCAGUAUGAAGCAGUGUUGCAGAAGUGUGAGGCUAACCGCUCUUCUUUAGAGGCCUCCAUACGAACAGACGUGGACCAGAUCAUCACAUCCAAGGAACACGUGACCAACAAGAUCAGAGCCGUGGUUCUUCCUAAAGCAGAGAAGCUGCUGAAGGUGAGCAUUCAGCCCUACAUCAGCUCCAUCCUAGAGGCCCUGCUGGAGCCCACCAGCCGAGGGUUCUUCGAGGUCCGCGAGGUUUUCUUCCGAGAGCUGGUGGACAUGAGCAAAAACGUCCUGAAUGAGGGCACUAAGGAGAUGGUGGCACAGCACAUGGAGAAGAUCUCAAUGCUUGCCUUCCAUCCAGUGAAGAUGUGCAGCUGCUAUGAAAAGGUGAUGCAGCUGAGUCUGGAAGGUCUGGAUCAGAGAUUUGACAUCUCGAGCCCCUCGGUGUUCAUCCAGAGGGUCCAGAUCCUCAUGAGAGAGCAAAUGGACAAUGCUGUUUAUACAUUUGAGCAGAUCCUUCACCAGAGUCUGGAGUCUCAGGGCGGUGAGGAUCUCUGUAAGACUAUCCAGCGCUGCCAGGACAGAGUUAUCAAGAAGUUUGACUAUGACAGCAGCACAGUGAGGAAGUGUUUCUUCCGCGAGGCUCUCUUGCAGAUCUUCAUCCCCUACAUUCUAAAGCAGCUCAACCCUUGCUUUGUAUCUGAGUUGCCACGCUUUGAGGAGCUCAUCUUCGAGGACUUUUCCCACUUCAUCCUGGUAGAAAACAUCUUUGAAGAGGUUGUGCUGCAGUCAGUCAUGAAGGACAUUAUAAUGGCUGUAAAGGAGGCGGCAGUCCAAAGGAGACACAAUCUGUACAGGGACAGUAUUGUUCUGAGCAACAGUGACCCCAACCUGCAUCUGCUUGGAGAUAAUCCCUCCAUCGACUGGGCGGGACAGUACGGAGGCGACCAGGAGGAGGUGGAUGGGGCAGAGAAUGAUGCCGAGUACAAUGGUGAGGUGGAAAGUGUGACGUCCCGGAAGAAGAAAAGAGUGAAGCAGGUGGUGUCCUUGAUCCAGACGAACGGCACCGCUGUCCUGCCUAGCGAGUCAUGCCUGGAGGUGCCUGGUGUUGAAGACAUACCAGAGGAAGAUGGAGAGGGGCGGAAAGAGAAUGGAGCUGGGGAGGAGAACUCUGAAAACAAACCUUUGUGUGACCAGAAUGGAUUUGCAAGUCUCAAAGCCUCCACAGGGAAGCCAGAAGACGACAACGAACCCGAGGAGCAGCAGAAAGAGGAAUUCCAGGCGACCGAGUCUGCUGGAGAGGGAGAGGAAAGUCAGGCUGUGGCAGAAGAGCAGCCAUCAUCCAAGCAGGAGGAGUCGGAGGUUUUACUCCUGCCUCCUGCUGCAGCAGCACAAAAGGAGUCUGAGAUUCAGGAGACGAGCGUCGCUGCAGGAGCCCAGCGACUAAAGUGAAUCCUGCCCGCUUCUUUUUGCUUUUCCCGUUUAUACCAAGUUUAAGACACUAAAUACCUUUUUUAACCACAACAACCCAAACUUUGUCUUCACCUGGUAGAAACAUGAGCACCGUCUGUGUGCUGUGUAUAAAUGUGACAAGCUGCAAGAGCGCCAGGAUCGAGGUGCCUUCAAGAAGCUGGAUGUUUUCUGUGGUUUGACCUUCAAUCGGACUUUUCUAACUGCGUGAUUCAAACUGUAAGCAUUAAACUGUCACUGAGUGAUGAGCAGCUUAAAGAACGUGUGACAAAAGAAUGAAUCCUGAGUGCAGACGAUCGUGUCCAUGUCAGCACGAGUUUGUUUUGUGGUGGUGGGAACGGCACCGUUUUACAUCAGUAACAAGAAAGAUUUUAUUAACUGUCAUUUUACAUCAUUUUCUAUCAUUUCCACACUUUUUCAUUUUUAGAUUGAAGUUUCUGAAGCAAAUGAUUUAUUGGUAAUAAAUUAUCGAUCAAAAGUAUAUUUGUCAUCGUUUCUGUUGCCACGUGCACACCAAGGUUAGUAUAGGGAACUAAACAAAACUUAAAACUUUAAUGAGAAUUUUAUUUCAGUUAGUAAAAUGUAAACAGUGAGCGGCGUACAAACUGCUCCUGGACAAUAAGAAACACAAGCGUCACCACACAUAAGCUGUUCCAGGUGAUCAGGACGUUUCUCACGUCCUUUCCACCUAAGAACUACAUCACGGCAGGAUGGAGGUGUCUCUGUGUACAUGCAUAGACUAAGGUGACAGGUAAUGGGUGUGAAUGUGUAACCCAUAUUUCUAAUGACCUGAAUCCUGAAGAACGUCCCUGUAGAGACGAGCAGAAUGUCAACUGUUCGUUUCACAACAGAAAACUUUCUGUUCAACUUGGAAAUGAGCAAAAUCUGAGGCUAUGAUUUUCUUUAAUGUUUGACAUUUAGGUGUUUUUACGGAGCAGUUCUGCGUCGUCCUCCAUCCUUUGCUCUGGUUUGAAUCUCUGUUACUCAUCUAUUGAUCGCACAAAUGUUCCACGUCUUCUUUUUGUGUGUUACACUUAUUAUAAACACAUCCCCGCGUCACUGUUGGUAGAAAACUAAAGAAUUGAAACUGUAUUUGCCUUUGCAGUUUGCACUUUCUGAACAAUAUUCCCUGGAUUCAAAUCAACUGUGGAGAAUCUUUUACUGCAUAAAGUGUUUUUAAACUGUAGAUUUUAUGAGGUUGACUUGAACAACCCUCUGUGCACUUUUCCACUGUGUGCUGUAUUUCACUUUUUAAACUCUGAGCACAAAUAAACUGAGGACAUUUUUCUCCAGUA